GUUACAUUCCGGUAAAGUUUCCUUCGUACCUCAUCCACGUAGAACAACAACAAUCCAGAAAGGGCAGGCGAGGCGGUGAAGGUUCGUGUCUAUGGCGGGGAGAGAAGUUCGUGAGUACACCAAUCUGAGCGACCCAAAAGAUAAGAAAUGGGGGAAGGGAAAGGAUAGGAUCGAUGACGAGGAUAUCACCUUCCAGAGGAUGGUUGCCAAGAUGCAAGAGGUUGCUGGAGAACGUGGCGGUUAUUUGCAUGGGAGAGGCGCCUUGGACAGUGAUGAUCUGCUCUAUCUAAAAGAGCAGAUGGAAGCUGAGGAAGAUGCUGAACGUCUUCUACAACGUGCAGAAAAGAGAGCAUUUGCUGCCUUUAAGAAGGCUGCUAGUCUUGCAGAUUCAACACCUGCAUCACUGCCAUUGCCCUUACGUGUAGAACCGAAGCCUAAAAGUGGGAUCAGACAGCAGGACCUUCUGAAGAGCAUCGUUGAAAUCAAGCCAAAACGGCAGAGGGUCUCUAGUCCCUCAAACGGGACGCAGACAAACCAAUUGAGCCCAGCUUCUGCAACUCAAGAUGCGGUAAAGGGGAAUCUAGACCAAGAAACAGGCAAGGGCUUGCCCACCCACAACAGAGAAGAUCAGAGUGACAAGAAACCGGAAGAGGCUGGCAAAAGCUUGCUAGGUUUGGCUUAUGAAAGUUCGGACGAGGACUGAAUUGACAAACAGGGGGCGACACAUGGUAUUACUGCAGAAAUGAGAUCAUUUGCACCUUGCAGAUAGCUUUACGACUUAUCCUCCAACUCCUUAGCUAGUCCUUUUCCUCCCCAUCUGAUCACCUAAUUCUCGUAUUAUGGGGUGGUAUUCAACCUUUGUAGAGGGUCAGUCAACAGAAAAUUUGCUUUUCUGGUCCUGGAUUUUGAUGUAUCUUGUGGAAGAGAAACCACUUAGCAUGGUGUGUUCCCCCUUGUAAUUGUGGAGGCCGAUAUAGUGGCAUCUUGCUGCAAAGGUGGGCGUUUAUUUUGUGCUGCUAAUCUGCUACAUUGUACCAAGUUCACCAUAAUUUAAUGUCGGCUCGUUACUAUUUCUUUCA